AUGUCUAACACUAAAAUUAACAAUAAUAAUAAAUCAACCGUAUUAGAUACGCCUUGUUUAAAUGAUUUAGAAGAAGGGAACGAAUUUGAACAGCAAGAACCUUCUCCUUGGUCUCAAUCGCCUGCGCCUUCACCUAUUAUCACAUCAGAACUAAAUACCAAUCCUUUUUUUCAAACGAUACCAGAAAUUGACGAAGAUGCAUUUGAUCCUUCUUCAUCGUCUUCAUCGCCAUCUUCCUCGCACUCUGCUACAAUUUGUCAAUCUACUUUUUUAAAAAACAACAACAUCUAUUCCAUUGUGCACAUUCCUCUUAUUCAUCCAACCACCGCAAAAAGUCAUCCCUCUUCAAAUACAAUCCAUUCCCCAGUUCCAAUCGCAAUACUCUCGUUCCUAUCUCCUAUUGUUCCAUUCCCUUCAAUUCUUUUGAAAUCUCUUAGAUCUCUGGCUCCUUUUUUAGCAACUACUCUAUCGACUUCAAUGAUUUAUCAACAAUCCACUAAACAAUUAUCAUCCUAUGCUUCUUCAUUGCAAAAAGAUGGUGUUGAUGUUGAAGAAGACUCUUGUAGUUUCUCGUCUUUAUCUGCAUCAGAUAGUGAUUCUUCUUCAUCUAAAUGGGAAUAUGCCACCAUUUUUUCAAUGACUGAUUAUGAUCAUAUUGACUUGGACGGAAAUAUUAAUAAUGGCAAUAAUGUUAGGGACGAUGAAAAUGUUUAUAACGAUAAAAUUGAUACUUUAAUGAACCAUGAUAAUCAAUCAGGUGUUGAUAAUGACAAUUAUAAUCAAAGCGUAAUUAAUAAUACAAAUGUUACGAAUUAUGACUAUUCAGCUUCGCCAACAAAUUUGGGCAAAUCACCAUCAACUGAAAAUGAUGGUUCAAGGAAUGAUAUUAUUAAUGAAAACAUCAAAAACAGUCCCUCUAACAAAUUUAAAAUUUCUCGUGGGGCUUCAUUACCAACUUAUUAUUCUAAUGAUUAUAAAUGCAAUAAAAAACGUAGGAGACGUAGUUCCUCAAGAAAUUUCUCGGACGCAAAUUUUGCCACAAAAAAUAAAAAUAUUAAUAAAGAUUGUGAUGGUGAUUGUACAUGGGUUAAUAUGCGACUGUUGAAAUAUACUGGUAAGCGUAUCGAUAGUUUGCUAGGUCAUGGUUGGAUAGAGGUGGUACAUCAAGACGAUAGAUCGUCGGUAUGGGAAAUGUGGAAUAGAACAUUUUCAAGAGGUGAAGGCUCUAGUGCCGAGUAUCGUAUACGUAGAUUCGAUGGACAGUAUCGCUGGUUCUUGGGUCGUGCUGGUCCGUUAAGAGAUGCUAGAGGUGUCAACAUUCGUUGGUUUGGAACUUGUACCGAUGUGCACGAUCAAAAAUUAUCCGAGAAACUACAAAGUCGUCAGAUACACAUCGAGGCUAAUGAGAAAAAGUAUCGUUUGUUGGCUGAUGCUAUACCACAAAUAGUUUUCACUGCAACACCUAAAGAAGGUAUCAAUUAUGUCAAUAAGAAAUGGAUUGCUUAUUCUGGUCAGACAGAUGAACAGGCAAAGAAUCUAGGAUUUCUGUCACAUGUUUUUCCAGAGGAUAGAGUGCAUUGUUGUUUGCCAGAGGUGAAGGAUGCACUAGAUGAGAUUGGUCUUUCAUACACCACUGAAGUUCGCUUGAUGAACGCAGAAGGUGAAUACAGAUGGUUUUUGGUUAAGUGUAUUAGUGUAGAAGUAUCCGAACAAGGUAGAAUAUGGUUUGGCACUUGUACUGACAUCAAUGAUCAUAAAUUGGUUGAACAGAAACUUCAAGAAGCUCAUGAUGCAGCUAAAAAAUCAACUGAAAGCAAAACUCAAUUCUUGUCUAAUAUGUCUCACGAAAUUCGAACACCACUUAUAGGUAUUACUGGCAUGAUAAAUUUUAUGCUGGCAACCAAUUUAACAACAGAACAAAUGGAUUAUGCACAUACCAUACAACAAUCAGCAGACGCUUUAUUAUUAGUGAUAAAUGAUAUAUUGGAUUUGAGUAAGGUGGAAGCAGGGAUGAUGAAAUUGGAGAUGGAACCUUUUUUAAUGCGUUUGUAUGUUUGUAAAAAUAUGUAG